AUGACCCCUCGACGUCGAAGCCCGCGAGGACGCAUCUGUAUAUACCGAUGACGCACGAAAUCUUUCGCACCACUUAUACUGUACUUCCUGGCCUUGGCCCGAGCGGCGAGCGGUCAUAAUCGCACAUGAUUUCACCAGACCCCUGUCUAUGUAUGCGCCAAUUCGUCCAGUGCUAUAUUGGCGAGAAUCAGUCUAGCCCAACCUUAUUCCAUUCUUGUCACUGUGCACUGAAGGCAUAUGACGACGAACGACGUGGCACGCCCGACAUUUCCAACGGCUCAACCGCUCAACGGCGACCGAGACAGGGUUCAUCUUACUUUUGUAUCGCCGACUAUGCGUGGCGUCAUACGGUGGUGUAUUCCACCAUAUACAGCGUCGAUAUCUAUCGGAAUAGCGUUUCGAAUCCGAGUAUGAAUCAACUUAGGCUCGUCGGGUCAUCGGGCAGCGGACACGAUUAUGAUAAGUAGGGUCGCGGACGGUCUUGUUGUUGUUAUUCGGUGGUUCGAUAGCUCGGUGGUUCGAUAGUUCGUUUCCAUCUCUAUCAUAAUUAUAAUCUUUGUUUCCGUUCGUCCGCUAUUUUGGUUCUUAUGAGCCUGUUUCAGUGUUUCGUUAUUGAUUAGCGCGGCACAGUCCUACUCUACUUACUCUACUCAAUCCGCUAAUGAGCAGAUUUGAGUUCACCGUCUAUCGCGCCGGGGUGUGAAUUG